AUGCUCAUGCGCUCUCUCACGCGCUCUCACGCGCUCUCUCACGCGCUCUCUCACGCGCUCUCUCACGCACUCCCUCACGCACUCCCUUACUCGCUCCCUCAUACGCUCCCUCACGCGCUCCCUCACGUGCUACCUCAGACGCACCUCAAUGCGCACACUCACGCGCAAUCUCACGCUCACUCUCACGAGUCUCUCAAGUCGCUCGCGCGCACUCUCAUGCGUACUCUCACGCACACUUCCACGCGUACUCUCACGAAAACACUCUUGAGCACUCUCACGGGCACUCUCACGAGCACUCUCACGAGCACUCUCACGAGCACUCUCACGCGCACCCUCACGUGCACUCACACGCGCACUCUCACGCGCACUCUCACGCGCACUCUAACGCACUCUCUCACGCGCUCUCUCACGCGCUCUCUCACACGCUCUCUCACGCGCACUCUCACGGGCACUCUCACGAGCAGUCUCACGAGCACUCUCAUGCGCACUCUCACACACACUCACACGCGCACUCUCACGCGCACUCUCACGCGCACUCUCACAUGCUCUCUCACGCGCGCUCUCACGCGCUCUCACACACUCUCUCACGCGCUCUCUCAUGCGCUCUCUCACACGCACUCUCACGGGCACUCUCACACGCUCUCUCACGCGCACUCUCACGCGCUCUCUCACGCGCUCCCUCUCGCGCUCUCUCUCACGCACUCUCACUCACAUUCUCUCUCUCACGCGCCCUCUCACGCACUCUCUCACCACUUUAACGUGCAUUCUCUCUCUCACGCGCUCUCUCACGCCCUUUGUCACGCGCACUCUCACGCAUACUCUCACGCUCUCUCACGCACUCUCUCAUACGCAACCUCAUGCGCGCUCUCUCACACUCUCUCUCAUGCACCCUCUCACGCGCUCCCUCACGCGCUCUCUCAUGUGCUCUCAUGUGCUCUCUCAUGCGCUCUCUCAUGCGCACACUCAAGCGCUCUCUCAUGCACUCUCUCACACGCUCUCUCACGCGCUCUCAUGCGCACUCUCACGUGCUCCCUCACGCGCUCUCUCACGUGCUCUCUCUCACGCGCUCUCUCACGCACUCUCACUCAAGUCGCUCGCGCGCACUCUCAUGCGUACUAUCACGCACACUUCCACGCGUACUCUCACGAACACACUCUUGAGCACUCUCACGGGCACUCUCACGAGCACUCUCACGAGCACUCUCACGAGCACUCUCACGCGCACCCUCACGUGCACUCACACGCGCACUCUCACGCGCACUCUCACGCGCACUCUCACGUGCUCUCUCACGCGCGCUCUCACGCGCUCUCACACACUCUCUCACGCGCUCUCACGCGCUCUCUCACGCGCACUCUCAUGGGCACUCUCACACGCUCUCUCACGCGCACUCUCACGCGCUCUCUCACGCGCUCCCUCUCGCGCUCUCUCUCACGCACUCUCACUCACAUUCUCUCUCUCACGCGCCCUCUCACGCACUCUCUCACGCGCUCCCUCACGCGCUCUCUCAUGUGCUCUCAUGUGCUCUCUCAUGCGCUCUCUCAUGCGCACACUCAAGCGCUCUCUCAUGCACUCUCUCACACGCUCUCUCACGCGCUCUCAUGCGCACUCUCACGUGCUCCCUCACGCGCUCUCUCACGUGCUCUCUCUCACGCGCUCUCUCACGCACUCUCUCGCGUGCACUCUCAUGCGUACUCUCACGCGCACUCUCACACGCACUCUCACGCGCACUCCCAUGCGCACUCUCACGCGCUCUCUCACGCGCUCUCUCACGCUCUCUCUUGCGCACUCUCUCACGCGCUCUCUCGCGCGCUCUUUUACGUGCACUCUCGCGUGCACUCUCACGUGCUUUCUCAUGCGCACUCUCACGCAAACUCUUAA